CUGUUGCCGCCGCCAUGUUAGAAUAUCGGGCCGGUUGAUUGGCUCUUCUGUGCAGCAGAACCUGCUUCUCGGACCUACCUGUUCCUCGGUCCAGUGAUAUAUCUGUCCAAUUCGGGUACCCGCUCUCCCAAGGUCUGCAGUCUCUGGUCAUCUCCUGUACUAUAUCUGCAGUCUCUGGCCUUCUCCUGUACUAUGUCUGCAGUCUCUGGUCAUCCCCUGUAUUAUGUCCGCAGUCUCUGGUCAUUUCCUGUACUAUGUCCGCAGUCUCUGGUUAUCUCCUGUAGUAUGUCCGCAGUCUGUGGUCAUCUCCUGUACUAUGUCUGCAGUCUCUGGUCAUCAUCUCCUGUACUAUGUCUGCAGUCUCUGGUCAUCAUCUCCUGUACUAUGUCCGCAGUCUCUGGUCAUCUUCUGUACUAUGUCUGCAGUCUCUGGUCAUCAUCUCCUGCACUAUGUCCGCAGUCUCUGGUCAUCUUCUGUACUAUGUCUGCAGUCUUUGGUCAUCUCCUGUAAUAUGUCCGCAGUCUUUGGUCAUCUCCUG